GUGCUAUCUGGAAGACAUGAGUGUUUCCAGCAGACUGCUGCUGCUGGGCGCCGGCUGCGUCCCCAGCCUCUCCGUCUGGGCCCUGCCGGCUGCCGCCUUCGUCGCUGUCAUCGCCGCCUGCAUCUCUCUGCGAUACAGAGUGCUGCAGUGGCUGCUGUCCCUGGUGUUGGAGACGCGCCCCCUACAUGAGGUGCUGCACGGCCACUACGUGUCGCGGCCGCAGGAGUCCGCCUCGUGGGUGCGGCUGGGCCGGCAGCGGCUGCUGCUGCUGAGGGACCCACAGCUCGCCUGGCAGCUGCUGUCCGCCCACUUCCCCAGCUUCCCCGCCAGGGCGCGCACCCAGGCCUACGACAUCGGGCUGUUCGCUCAGGAAGGUGAGACACCUGUGACGACACUUAGCCAGUCUUCCUAA